AUGGUGAAGGUUACGAGGAAGCCUCAGGAGAAGCACAAAGUCUCACUGUCUCCUGCGGUAUCAGAUCUGGUCAACAAGGUCUCUACCGUUGGCCUUGCUGAUCUGCCAGCGCUCUUUACUGGAUGGUCUCAGCGAUGGCCCUAUCCUCGAGGCGAUCUGAACAACUGGAUUGAACCACUUGACCGCUUUGAUUCCAUCCUUCAAUCCUUCAACUCCAAAUAUGGCCUCGACAAAGGCCCGCAGACAAUCCCCUUUGGCGUUUCUUUACUCCUCGAGGGAAGCCCUGGUGUCGAUGACGAGAGACUUAAAGAGCUGAGAUUCGGUCCGGAAGGCGAUAGAGAGCUCAUCGAAGCUAUCUUGGUCUUCUCAAAGUUGCUGGUGGAGAAAUGCGCCAACAGAGCCGUCUACAAUAGUACCGACCGCUUGAAUGACUUACUGAACACUACCUCGUUGUCUCUUCUCCAUACCACUCUGAGGAUAACUUUCUAUCUUGCUCAGCGAUAUGCCGAACGGCCUCCUCCUCCCUCGGGGCAAUCAGUCGCAAAAUUCUACGAUUUCGACCACGACCGUCUCCAAAUACUUGCCUCUCCAUUUGGGCAACGACAACCCUCUGCCCCUGCCAUGAAGCGUACUCCCUCAUCUCCUGUCAAGUCAAAAUCAAGGGAAAAGUCUCCUCAGACCACCCGAUCUCGACAGGGCUCCGUUACUGUGUCGCCCAAUGACUUCCGUGCACUUUGCAGAGAGACGUCCUCCCAGAGCGAACGCAGCAAGUCAACGCCUGUGUCUGACCGAGACUGGCAGCAGUGGGCUUACGUCAAGGUCUCGUGGAAAUCUUCAGAUUCGGAGCAGCAUGCUGCCCCACUCACUGGCUCCCAGUCUGAAGGUCCCCCGACUCCCACUCCGGCUCGACGGCAUCCUUCGUCAUCGCUUGCGGGUCCUCGCAUAGAGACCACACAUCAAGAGGGACCUCGGCGGAUACUUGAAGCACAAACAGAGCCAGACACAAAGACCCUUGAAUUCUCCCCUUCAGAUCUGCACAACACUAGCAUUGAGACGAUUCUGGGCCAUCAGCCUGAGGACAUUCCUACCAAGACCCGCUACGAGCUGCUGCACCAGCUUCGUAUCGCGUAUGGCUUGAUGACCUCGUCGAAGACUCGCAAAGAAUUAUUGGCCAUCCGCCUUCUUUCAAUUGCAAGUCUUGCUAAUGUUCUGGGUGAAAUCGAACUUGCACAGAAAUUCCUUCAAACAGAAGGUGGGUUUGGCAAAUCUGCAACAGGUCUAAUUGAGCAACUUAUGGAUCUCCUUUAUGACCAUAAGAAGACCCAUUCACCGGUAUCACUUUACCUCCAGACAAUCGCAAUGGAGACUAUGGGUAUUUUAGCUCAUCACAAACUCUUCGCUCCGGACAUACACGGCGCGUUGGCUGCAGGCUCAACGCAUGGGCUUCUAACGCAACUCACCCAGAAAGGUCUCAAUGACAUUGCAAAAGACCAAGACAACACAGACACUGUUACUGGUGAUGACUGGAGAGAUGCUAUCUUCACCUUGCCUCGCACUUUGAUCGAAUCUGGUGGACACCACGGACGUUCAAGCGAAGCAGUGAUACCAGCAGCUUUCAUCUCAACUUACCUGUGUGGUUUUGGUGUGACUACUGGCAAGGCGUUACGUGUCCAUCUUCGAAUGCUCGACUUCAUCAAGACAUUCUUUCACCAUUUCAAAGAUGGGAUGGCGACCUUACUUGCAAGUGGAGCUUUCGAGGUCAUUAGCACCCUGCUCGGAAGUCUUGCGACUGGAGCCUGUGCCCUCUACUCGAGUGGCGAUGGGAUUCCAGCACAGUACAAGACAAGGGCGACGGAUUAUGAGAUCCCCUAUAUGCACCAACAAAUCAUUCGCUCCAUUAUCGACAUGAUCAAUGAUAUCAGUGGACACCAAGGCGCACAGGCAGACCGGGUGCUGAGAAGUCUGGUCGACUCUCAGGCUUUGCUGCGAUCUUUCCGCUUGAUUGCUGAUAAACUACCUGCAUUUGGUGCGUAUACCUGGAGCGAGGUUGUGAAGGCGAUCUGUGGGUUUUUACAUAACGAGCCUACCAGCUAUACCGUCAUCUCUGAAGCAGGUAUCAUCCAGAGUCUAUUGGAUACAAUGAAGCCAUCUCCGGCCGAUUCGACACCGUCAGACCAAUCCAAGGACCCAGAUUCCAUAUCCUCGAUUCCCAACGAAUAUCCUCCGGGAAUUCCACCGGCCAUUGACGCCAUCAUUAAUGUCUCACAAGUCUUUGGUGCUAUAUGUCUGACAAAUGCUGGCUUUGAACUGUUCAAGUCGUCUGGGGCGCUUGAGAAGUUCUUCGAAAUUUUCGAAUCUCCUGCCCACGUCAAAGUUCUCAAGGACACAAACACUCUGGCUCUGCUUGGGUCAACGUUUGAUGAGAUUGUCAGACAUCACCCCGCUCUUCGGACUUCUGUCCUCAGCGCUGUUAUUGUCAUGCUUGCUCGUGUGCGGCACAUUACUAGGUCCCUGUCAGUCACAAUUGGCGCUGGUCCGAAGCUCUGGCUUGGUGGAUCAGCUGAUGAAUAUGAUCCCUGUGGAGGUCGUGAAGCAUUGUCGUUGGAAAUAAUCCCUCCUGCUUCAACCAAACUUGAUGAUUCCCGGUCCUUGAAGCCUCUUGAGCUCCCAAAUGGAAAAUUUUUGCACAUCGCAGACGAAACCCUCCCAGUGACUGACGCCUCCAAAAUCCCCGCUGAUUUUGACCGCCACGGGCUUUCGGCGAACGACUACGCAAGACCGGCAAUCGCUUUCCUUGUCACAUUCUUCGAGAAUCAAACCUUGUGUACCAACUUCCUCGAGUACGGUGGCGCUGAUAUCCUUCUUGACUUCGUCACACUGCCCAGUCUUCCCGUUGGCGAACAAGCUUUCAGUCGACGUGAUGGGUUGUUCAACGAACUAGCCUCCGCGGUGCAUAUGAUGGCAGAGACGAAACCACAUCUCAUCCUUCCAACCCUAGCAGACCGUCUACGCUUUGCUUGCUCGCAGUUGAAUCAUUUCAGUCAGUGCCAGCCUCGUAAUUGGACUUGUUAUUUUUCGACAUUGGUGAAAGAUGAUGCAGCAUCCGAUAAGUCCACAAAGGGCAAAGAGGCAUUAAGCGAUGUUGAGCAGAAUGGAACACGAAUAGCGAAGAGCCUGAUGGCCAUUUUCUGCUUGUCCCAGGUUCUUGCUGAAGUCUUCAAUGUGCCAAUGUACACUACCCGGUCGUCUCAGAACUAUCUCUUUUCUUUAGUCAACCUCGCGGAUAUCUUUGCGGACAUUUCCAAGAUGCUCGGCAGUAUCUCCGCAGCUUGCUACCGCGAGGAGAUAGCCCUUCAACGUUUGAUACCUCAGACGUGGCUCUCUGCAACUAAACCUGAACACUUCUCAACUGGUGAUGAUGAUGUUGACAGAAUGUUGAGCGUUCGUGAUCCCAAUGCUCCUUUUGGCGACAUUGGUGCGGCGACGACUUUGGAACAGCCACCUGUGGCUAGUUCUGAAACAGCUCUGCUGCCCAGCCGUGAGGAUUCCAAACUUGACGAGGAAAAACGAACACCAUUCUUCCGGAACGUCCAGAUACUCCGAUAUCUCUUGAUUGAGACGCCUUCUGCAAUCACGGACUUUCUUUGUCGGCUUGGACGAGGCAUUGCUGCUCGUCGUCGACCCGAUACAUUUUCUAAGCAGAAGACAGCGUUGGUGGCCAAUGCUCUUGCAGCGGCGUAUUCGGCUCAACUACAGCCCUACUUCAUUACUGGCGGUCCCACUCAACCCGAUGCCUCUGCUGUAGAAUCAACUUUCACAUAUCUCGUCAUCGUCCUGGACAAUGUUCGCCGCAGCUUCUAUGACGAUACUCAGCCCUCUGCAGGACCUAUGACUACGCCAUCGGCACGUCAAAGUUUUGUCAUAGAAUCUUUCAGAAAAGCAGGCGGUCUCAAAAUCCUGACCAAGAUUGGGACCGAUUUCUAUGACCAACUCAAAUCCUGCAAAGUAGAGCAUUCAACGCUCUCUGCCAAUACCGGGCUCAAAAUUUGUUUGAAUAUUCUAGACGAGUUUACCAGCGCCAAGAGCAUCAUGGAAUCGGCGCAGUCAACCAACAUGAAGAAUGCAGACGCAGCGAGAUCGUUUUACUUUGUCCCAGCUCAAGUACUCCUGAAUUUACGCAUGGAAGCCCUCCCACUAACACGCCUCGUUUGGGAAAGCGACUAUGCUGAUCAAGCUUCUCGAGACGUUGUGCAGAAGCUGGUGUCUAUCUUGAAACACGUUCUGACAGGAGAUCAUGAGAACGAGGCAAUUCAGUCAAAUGAUCGCCGACCAGCAAUCGGGUUCAACCACCGUAGAAUGCUCCAAAUCGAUGCUCAGAAGGUCAAUUCGAUCAAAGACAAGGGUUAUGACGAAGGCCUUGUGCGUGAAGCCUUGUAUCGCACCAACACAGGGCCAUCGAGUAGCAUUGCAGCUGCAGAAGAAUAUUGCAAAGCUUUGAUGUUCAACCCUCGUCGGAGAAGGUUGCCCAUUCCAGAGACCGAGAACGACGUCACAGCCACCAGCAACCAAACUCCAAGCGCGAUGAGUCCACCUGCAAGCGCGCAAUCUAAUACUAUCAUGAUGUCUUUAUCGGGAUCGCUCGAAGGCGGUGCCAUCGGAGCAACUCCUUCUGACGCUACCGACAAUGAAAUGAGGGAUGUCACAGAUUCACAGAUAGAAGAUCCGGUGUCAACGAGGCAUGCAGACAGUGAUAUCCCCACAAAUACUUCUGCGAUGAAUAUUCACAACAUAUUAAAUGAAGACAACAACGGCUCAGGAAUCCAUUCAUCGGAUCCUCCGUUUCCGGAACUGUCAUCCAUCUACUCUGUUGAGAGUAUUAAUGCUGAACGAGAUACGAUUCGAGAAGAUUUAGCUGACCGUUGCAAUAACGUUCUCAAUACCCACCAGAAUCUGACUUUUGAGCUAUAUGAUCUAAUAGAGAGCGCCACCAAGAAACUCGGCGAUGCCGAAGCCAAAGACUAUUGGCGAACCACUACAAAUCUGCUUGUCAGCUCACUCUUGUCAAUGCAAGUUGACGAAGACAUCAAUGAAGCUCGGGGCAAGAAAAUUGCUGCUGCAGCACAUCUAGUUGCUCUGCUCUUUCAAGAUGGUGAGGUGUUUGCAGAUACACUCAGCAUCUAUCAAGAGUCUUUUGAAGACCUGCUGACUUUCUUGAAACUUCCUCAAUCAAAUGGACGCACAGCUGAAGAUUCGUUCCCCUGGGUAGCUCCCAUUCUGCUAAUAAUUGAGAAAAUGCUUUCAAGAGAUAGCGAGCCGGCUGAAGUUAAGUGGGAAGCGCCAAAUGACGUGGAAGCCGUCAAGAAGCCUAUUGUUACCCCUACCGCGAUUUUCAGCCUCGAUGAGAAGCAGAAGCUGCUUACGGCUCUGAUUAACAUGCUUAACCGUGUGGGUAAAGACAAAGCAAUGGCACUUGCAAUUACUCGGGUCCUUGUAGUUCUUACACGUACGCGCGAGAUUGCCACUCGACUUGGGGAGAAGCGUAAUCUCCAGCGGCUGUUCAUGAUGGUCAAGCAACUGGCGCACGGGAUCGGUCAUCGAGUGCAGAGCACGUUCAUGAUCAUUUUGCGACACAUCAUGGAGGACGAGCAUACCUUGAAGCAGAUUAUGCGAAAUGAAAUUUGUGCAGCGUUCACAGGAAGGAACUCAACAAGACACAUGGAUCCAACAAGCUACGUUCGGGAUCUCUAUCACCUUGUUGUAAGAUCUCCUGAAAUCUUUGUGCAAGUCACAGAAGAGCUUGUCAAGUUGUCUUCCUGGCCUCCACACAAUUCAUCUCCCGGUCUGGUCCUCCAAGAGAAUGCUCUUAACCAAUUGGCAAUGAAGGAGACUGGAGUGACGAAACCAACAUACGAAGCUACUGACCCUUCCACAGAACCUGCAGAGAGUGUCGAGGCCCCCAGCGAUCCAAUUCAGGACAGCGGCAAAGGCAAAGGACUUGAUCUGAAAACCCCCACCGUGGAACACCCUGAUGGUGUCAUUCACUUCAUCCUCUCCGAGCUUGAUAGCUACAAAGAUGUCGAGGACAAAGAACUUGUUCCUGAAAACCCUAGUCCAACGAAUUUGAACGAAAAAGAACAUCCUGACACGCCAGCCACCACCAGUGAUAAUGCGGAUGAAAGUGCGCCUCUAUCCAAGCCAGAGAAGCUUAAGUUCAGACCGGAGGACCAUCCAAUUUUCUCCUACCGUUGCUUCUUGAUGUACAGCCUUACAGAGCUGUUGCACUCUUACAACCGUGCCAAAAUCGAACUCAUCAACUUCUCCAAGAAAGCAGAUCCAAUGGUAGCUACUCCUUCCAAACCUCGGUCCUAUAUUCUCAAUUACUUCCUGCAUCGGCUAAUCCCGUCUUGCUACGUCGAUAAAGAGGAUUCCUUGCAUUUCAAGAAGAAGCUUCUCACGAGCGACUGGGCUAUUCGUGUCAUAGUAGCAUUGUGCUCUAAGACUGGCGAACAGGCCUUCACGCGGGUUGGUCAACGAAAUACAUCGCAGAGCCCAAUCGUUGAUUUGGACACUGAGCCUGAGUUAACAUUUGUGCGUCGCUUCGUACUUGAACAUGCCAUCAAGUCUUACAAGGAUGCGAUUUCAUCCACGGAGCCGCUGCAGAUGAAGUAUAGUCGGCUUCUUUGCCUCGCUGACACCUUCAAUCGUCUUCUGACAAAACCUGCAGUCCCCGAGGGUUCUGCUGGUUCUCACAACAAUUCAUAUAAGGUUCUUGGUCGCAUGAUGUUUGAAAAGAACAUGACGGCAAUAUUGACAUCCUCUCUGGUCGACAUAGACCUCUCAUACCCUGGAUCGAAGAGAGUGAUCAAGUUUAUUUUGAGACCCCUUCAGGAACUCACAACUCUCGCCUCACAACUUAGUUUGACCAAUCCCGAGCUUCUGACACCCGCUGUCGGUAGUAUGCCAGACCAUGACAUUUCUUCUGCAUCUUCUGUCUCUGAUGUUGACGAUGAUAGAGAGGAAACUCCAGACUUAUUCCGCAACUCUGCUUUAGGAAUGCUUGAUCCUAAUCGUGACCCGGAGUCCGAUUCUGAGUCCGACGACGAAGAUGAGGAUGAGGAGAUGUAUGAUGAGGAGUAUGAGGACGACAUGGAGUAUGAUAACGAAAUGGUCGCUGGUGGAAACGAUGAUGAGGCCGUUAGUGAUGAAGAUGUUGAUGACGAAAUGACCGCAGAUGGUCCAAUCGAAGGUCUUCCGGGCGAUGUGCCAAUGGAUAUUGAGUUUGUGGUGAAUGAUCCUCAUAUGGACAUUGAUUCUGAUGAAGACGAUGAGGAUGAAGAGGAAGAAGAUUCCGACGAUGACGAGGAGGAGGAUGGAGAGGAUUUCAUGAUCGAAGAAGACGACGCCGGGGAACUAAACGGAGAUGAUGAGAACGACAGCCUCAACGAGGGUCUUGGUGAGGAUGAAGGUGAAUGGGAAGAUGAAGGCGACGAAGACCAAGAAGACGGCGCGAGCGACGAUCAAAAUGGAGCGGAAGAAAUGAACUUCGACGGAGACGACAUUCCUCUAGCCGGUCAUGGUAACGGAGGCACUCCUGCGGUUCUCAGCAGCCUUCUCAGAGUUCUUGAGGACCAUGACAUGGACGGUCCCAUCGGCAUGGCACCCAAUAUCCCCCCCGAGCUCAUAGUCCCUGCGUCUGGAUCUGGCGACCCCGGCGACGAGGACGAUGAGGACGAGGACGAGGAUGAAGGUGAGGAGAUGGAUGAGAAUGAUGAUUUGGACCAGUUCGACUUCGAUCAUUUCCUCGCAGGAGGCGGAGAUGACCUUCUUGACCAGGGAGAUGGUUUGGUUUGGAAUGAGUUCCCGUCUUUCGUUCGUCGACAUCGCCCUAUGCGUGGCACGGGGGGCCAUAUCUCUAGUUUCAUCGGUCGACGUCUCGGCCAUGCAGACGAAAUGCAUCACAUCAAUCGUGCUGCUAGACAUGGUCAACAUGGCAGGCCUGGUGGUGAUGAUGGCACUAAUCCGUUAUUACGCCGGCCUCCAGCAGACCACAUUCGUCCUCAGCGGGAGGGAUUGGUCCGCCCUGGUUUUUUGCCUCCUGGACUUGGGAACAUUCAGGAGCUUCCGGGCUUCCCUGGCAUUGGGACAACUUUCCAGACCGUUAUCCGCAACGGUGACAUUUCUCCUCCACAUGGAUCUCUCCUUGACACUCUGGUUCAAGCUUUCAGUCGUGAUGAAAGUGCCCGGCCCAUUUUCAGCUUCGCUGGAACCCCGGAUGACCUACGUCAAGCUCUUUCGAGGCCUACCAUCUCUGGAUUCGGCCAUCGCCACCAUUCUCGUGAGGACAGUCCGCGCGCUGCUCAUUUCAUUCCAGCGACAACAAUAACAAGAUGGCAAGAAGAGUCGCGAAUCCUGUUUGGCAGCACAUCUGUUGACAAGAUGCAACGUGUUCAGAUUCUCAUCAUGUCAGUUCUUGUACCUCCAGCUCAAGAAGAGGAGAAAGAAAGGCGCCGAAAGCGUGAGGAAGAGCAGAAGGCUGAGCGAGAGGAACAAGAAAAGCUUAGAAUUGAAUCAGAACGUCUCAAGAAGGAAGCAGAAGCGUUGGAGGCAGCUGCUAAGGCAGAGACAGAACGCCUUCGACAAGAAGCCGAAGCCGAAGCAGCGGCCAGGACUCAUGAAAACAGUUCUGGUCACCAUAAUGAUGGCGAUACAGAGCCAAUGGAAGACGUACAAGGUGCUGAGGACAACAUCACGCGAGGUGAAAAUGCCGCACCGACCGACGACACUGAUGCAGAGACACAACCUCGUAUCUAUACCACGAUUCGCGGUCGUCAACUUGACAUAACUGGCCUUUCAAUCGAUAUUGAAUAUCUUGAGGCCCUCCCUGAAGAACUGAGGGAAGAGGUCAUCAUGCAACAAUAUGCAACUCGACGUGAGGAAGCACGCCAGGAUGGCAACAAUGAACCAAGUGGGAUUGACCCAGAUUUUCUCAAUGCGCUGCCCGAUGACAUUAGAGAAGAAAUUCAACAGCAGGAAGCGCAUGCUCAACGCAGACGAGAGCGUGAAGCAGCCCGCCGACAAGCUGCAAACUCCACUGGGCCAGCGCAAGCAGAAGAAAUGGAUAAUGAUAACUUCCUGGCAACUUUGGAUCCCAACUUUAGGCGUGUUAUCCUUGCCGAACAACCGCCCGAGGUCUUACGCCAACUUGAUCCACGACAUGCUGCCGAAGGUCGUGCCCACGCGAGACGCUAUCUACAAUAUUCUGUGGGUGGAGAUCGUGACCCCCGAGGCGAGCGUGUCUCUAAUGACGCCCCUCAGCGUGAUGGCAAGCGACAGGUCAUCCAGAUGGUUGACAAAGCCGGCGUCGCCACUCUUCUCCGACUCAUGUUUCUGCAACAACAAGGAUCAUUGCGAGCCAACUUAUGGCAGAUACUGCGCAAUAUCUGUGGAAACCGACAGACUCGAUUUGAGGUCAUUAAUCUCCUCCUAGUGGUUCUCAAAGAAGGAAGCACUGAUGUUAGCGCUGUUGAGCGUAGCCUGGCCAACUUGUCGCUCCGUGCCAAAGCGACUGUGGGACAGAAGACUCCGCAGCCACUGAGACGGACUCUUUCAAUGCAACCCAGUGGAGGAUUGAGCGAAGAAAUCACCCCACUGAUUGUUAUUCAACAAUGCCUCUCUGCCCUGAAGCAAUUAUCAUCAGGCGGGAUACAUAUUCGAAGUAUCUUCCUUCGAGAGGUCGACGUUAAUCCUGCGAGCAAGAAGGCUAAGGGCAAAGCAAAAGAAGUCCGGACAGCCAAGUAUCCUAUCAACGACCUCAUUGGCCUUCUGGACCGUAAGUUGAUUGUCGAGAGCUCAUUCUGUCUUCAGCUCCUCGCAGAGCUUCUCGCCGCUGUCACAUCUCCACUUCCAACCCUUCUGAGAAAAGACAAAGACAAAGAGCUCGAUGAAAAGAAACAGUCUGAGGUCGAUCCAGGCAACGCAGAAUCUCAUGACCAUUCAUCUCCGGGUACAGCCGAGACGGGUGCUCCAUCACGGAUAUCUAUCGCAGAGCACGGCGAGGAAAUUGGAGAUGCUCCCGCCCCUUCAGCUCCCACCAAUGCUAGUACUAUUGCAAACGAAGGAGAAACCUCUGUGAAGCCGAGUUCGAAUAAUGAAGAAUCGACUUCCGAAGAGAUCAAGUCCAAGAAAACUUUCGACCCACCAGAAAUUUUCAAACACAACCUGGAGCUCGUCGUUAGCAUCUUCGUUGCUCCAGAAUGCAACAGUGAUACUUUCCAUUCGACUUUGGAGACGUUGUCAAGUCUUUCGUGGAUCCCGGGCACCGCUGCAACCUUCAGCAAGGAACUGAUCAACCAUGUCAAAUCGCUUUCUCAAUCAAUCUGUGUUGACCUGGAUGACCUUAUUCCACAGUUGCGAGAGGCGCAAUUAAGCACAGACUUGCACGCGAUCUCUGCUUCCAAGUUUUCUCAUGGAGGUUCUGAUCAAGUCAAACUCUUGCGGGUCCUUCAGGCGUUAGACUACCUGUCCGCUCCUAAGAAGGACAAUGAGGAAUCAGAGGAGAAUCCGGUGAUCAAGAGUAUUCUCACCUCUUCAUAUGAGAGCCUCACUCUUGGCCCCUUGUGGGCCAAGCUUAGUGACUGUCUGACAAUAGUUCGCGAGAAGGACAAUAUCAUCAGCUUUGCAAACAUCCUCCUGCCAUUGAUAGAAUCAUUGAUGGUUGUUUGCAAGAACACAUCUCUCAAAGAUUCUGUUCUGGCCAGGCAAGUCAGAGAGCAAGCACCAAGUAGCCCAGUUCCGGAGGCCAUGGAUGGUCUGGAAGAGCUCUUCUUCAUUUUUACCACCGAACAUCGCAAGAUUUUGAACGAUAUUAUCAGACAAUCACCAAAGUUGAUGCAAGGCAAUGGUAGCUUUAGUCUACUUGUCAAGAACCCCAAAGUACUCGACUUCGACAACAAGCGUGCAUAUUUCACGAAGCAGAUCCACUCCCGUCUCCAUCAGCAACGACAUAUCCAGCCACCCCUACAGCUGAACGUCCGUCGCGACCAAGUAUUCUUGGAUUCGUACAAAGCUCUCUACUACAAGUCUGCUGAAGAAAUGAAAUAUGGCAAGCUUAACAUUCGGUUCAAUGGCGAAGAAGGCGUUGAUGCCGGCGGUGUCACUCGAGAAUGGUUCCAAGUUCUCGCUCGUGGUAUGUUCAAUCCAGAUUGGGCAUUGUGGCAACCCGUCGCUGCUGAUCGGACCACCUUCCAUCCCAAUCCACUGAGUUGGAUCAAUGGCGAGCACCUUCUAUAUUUCAAAUUCAUAGGCCGUAUCAUCGGCAAAGCACUGCAUGAAGGCCGUGUGCUUGAUGCUCACUUCAGUCGCGCGGUCUACAAGCGCCUGCUCGGAAAAGAGCCAAAUUUGAAAGAUCUUGAAUCCAUGGAUCUCGAUUACUACAAGAGUCUACUGUGGAUUCUUGAAAAUGACAUCACUGAUGUGAUCAGCGAAGACUUCUCUGUUAUUGAGGAACAAUUUGGAGAAGAAAAGGUGGUUGAUUUGAUCCCGAAUGGAAGGAACAUUCCUGUCACAGAUGAAAACAAGCGCGAGUACGUUAACGCCCAAGUCCGCUACCGUCUCACGACAUCAGUACGAGAACAACUCGGGGAUUUUGUACGAGGCUUCCACGACAUCAUCCCGGCUGAGCUUGUUGCCAUUUUCGACGAACAGGAGCUGGAGUUGCUCAUCUCUGGCCUCCCUGAAAUUGAUGUCGAUGACUGGAAAGCUAAUACUGAAUAUCACAAUUACACGGCCAACAGCCCUCAAGUGACCUGGUUUUGGCGGAUUGUGAGGGGCAUGAGCAACGAAGAAAAGGCCAAAUUGCUCCAAUUCGUCACCGGUACCAGUAAGGUUCCGCUCAACGGUUUCAAAGACCUUGAGGGCAUGCAAGGCAACACCUUGUUCAGUAUUCAUAAGGACCCAAGUCAGUCGCGUCUUCCAACCAGCCAUACCUGCUUCAAUCAGCUUGAUUUGCCCUCUUACGACGACUACGACACCCUCAAGAGUAAUUUGAUGACGGCCAUCAAUCUCGGUGCAGACUAUUUCGGAUUUGCUUGA